GGGGACAGUCCCUGGUGGCACCUUAGCUGGCUGGGUGGGGGAGAGAAAGAGGGAGGGUGAUCUGGGUGUGGUUUUCGCAGGGCAGCGCUUUUGCUUUGCAAACACUCUGGAUCCCCCUUCACCUCAAAAAGCAGCGAGUUUAAAUUGCAGCAAGGGCGGUUUAGGUUGGACAUUAGGAAAAACCUUCAGAACUGUCAGGGUGGUUAAGCACUGGAAUAAAUUGCCUAGGGAGGUUGUGGAAUCUCCACCAUUAGAGGUUUUUAAGAGCAAGUUGGACAAACACCUGUCAGGGAUGAUCUACUACUUAGUCCUACCUUGACUGGACUAGACCACCUCUCAAGGUCCCUUCUAGUUCUGUGAUUCCCCUCCCUGGGCAAAGGCAGCUACUGGAGGGUAUGGGGGGAGGGUGAGAGGGAGCAGCUGCCCGCCGGACAAUGAUGCUGGACUAGGAGGAGGGUAGGUAGGAAGCCAAAGGGGCUGUGAUUGUGACAGACUGCUCACGGCUCCUGUUCUGUCUGCGGCCGGAUAAGCAGAGCGAGCUGCAUGAGGAAACAGCUGCUCUGUGUGGAGAGUAGAGGCAUUUCUGCAAGUGCAUGUCACACUUGUUACAGUACAAAUCAGAGCAUGCUGUCUUGUGUGUGGCUUGCAUGUGGCAUGGUGAUUACUUGCUCCCAGUUUUCCCCAUAAGAGUUCAUCUUGACUGUUUUUUAUUUUAGGAUCAUUCUUGUGUCAUUUCUUCAUAAUUGAAAAGACUGUUUCACUGUCAGCAUGAUUGCCUGUCAGAAACCAACAUAUAUGCCUGGACAUCGCUGAUUCUGGCUGUUUUUUGCCAUUGUUUUUGUGUACAGCUGUGUUUUUGAAUGCUGGCCUCUGGCUUAGGGGAAUAAUAAUGGGACCAGGCAUUCAAGAUUAUCCCUUACUACUGCAACGAGGGACACUGAAAAAGGACAGCCAAAUCCAUGAAAGCCACAAAGGAAUGGUAAUUUCCAGUCGUGGAAAGGGACAUCCAAGUACCAAAGGACUAGAGAAACCACUUUCUCCUGUGAGACCUUCUCCCAGCAGCUUAAGCAAAAGUAUUUUAAAUACCACCAAAAAGACUUUCCAUUGCACCCAGGAUGACAGUCAACCAAGUUUUCUUUACAAGGAAAGAAACAGGCUAGAUGAGGCUCAUCAGCAAAACAGAAUGAUGAGUGUUUGCACAUCACUGUACAAAGUACGAGAGGCAAAGAAAGACCUCAUGGAAAGAAGGCAAAGUGAAUCUGGACUACGCAGAAUCCCUUCCAAUUUGAAGGGGAAUUCACAAGGUGGCUCCAGUAAGGCAGAAGAUGCACUGAUGCAAAGAUUUUAUUCCAAUCAAAAAGGAGAAACUCAAAGAAGUCUUGGAGAGCAUGUGACUGAAGCUGUCCCUUGCACUUCUAAAUAUCCAGGGACCUCUGUGAAUGAGAUGUUCCUUGACUUUCAGUCAGUGAGAAUUAUUCAAGAGGAUGCUGCUGAGGAUAGUGCCAGUGACCUUUCUGACUCAGAAAAAAUUCCUAUUCCCCCUUCCCCCUGCACACUGCCGGAACUCAACCUCAGAGCUGAAGAAAUUGACCCAGCAUGUUUUGAACACCUCUUUGAUGCAGGUUAUAAAGAAUCAAUAUAUUAUUAUCCUGACUUCCUUCCACCUCCUUUCAACUCCUGCGACCUGCAGCAGCUGGCAGUAUUUGUUAACACAGAGUGUAAAUCGGAAUCUCGACCACAACCAGCAGGAUUCAUUGAGAAAUAUAUCGAUCGGCUUUUGCAGCUGGAGUGGCUGCAGGUGCAAACUAUACAGAACGAGAAAGGAAAGACAGCCAAAGCUAGGCCUCAGACGGCUCCUAGUAUCAUUCGGACCCUAAAAAGCCCUGGCAAAGGCAAAUCGUUGCAUAGCCCUUCACCUAACAAGCAGUUAACUCCCAAAGAAGGUGUUAUAAAGCUCCCCACCAGCCUUUCAGCUCUCGGAAGAGAUGUACACUGUGAAGAAAAUAGCCAGUUAAAUGCAUAUCCAAGUCACUCAAAAGUUGCUGAGGUUAUGGGUGGCACGUCAGCCCCACAGAGACAUGCCUGUGAAAUGAGGAAUGAGGUGAAAAAGAGGUCAGUCAUCAAGCUGCAACUUCUCAAUAUGCAGGCCUGUGCAAGCAGCUCUAAGAUUCAGGAUGUUGGUAUUCAGGAUAUUGGUAAUAUUAGACCCCUCAAACAAUCACCCAAGUUCCAUAGUUCAGCUGCCCCCACCCAGGGGCGAAAAACACAGGCAUGUUCAAAUCUGAAGAAGAAUGGUAAUGCUAAUAAUUAUGUUCCUUCCAAGAAACCAACAAGGGACAAGAUAAAAACAAAUGGUGUGAAGCAAACAUCAUGUACAUUUAAAUAAUGAAGAAUAAUUAAUUAGUAAAUUGGCAAUGCAUUGCUGACUGCUGGAGAGUGGAGGGACCAUGGUUUUUCCUGGUCAGGAAAUCCUGUAGAAAAUUGUUCUUGCUGCAAAUUUCUGCACAUUUAAGUACAUUGGACCUUAAACUAGCAGGGCCAACAGGGAAUAUUUUUCUCUGAAGACAAAUGUCUUCCACUGGUCUUUACUCAAAGAGUAGACACUUGCUUAUGUAAGAAGAUUCUAGCGAAUAAGGUUAGGAAAACAUAAAAUGUCUGAUUUCUUCUCACACUGACACCCAUGUAACUUCAUUGAUUUCAGUGGAGUUACUCCUGAUUUACACUGCAGUAUGUGAGAGGAGAAUCAAAUCCAUACACUCUCCAUUGAGCAGACACACACAUGUGCCAUAUAGGGUGAGACAGAUUUGCUUUUCUUUCUGAUGGAGAAGAGUUUUGUUGAUUUUUAUAAGAGAAUGGAACUGGCCAGGCUCAUCUAUGCAAAGUUAAAGUCUGAUUCUUGAGAGAAGAGCACAAAAUCAGACUGGUUUGGGGAGCAGAGAAUGUUUUGAAGUAAUCUUCUGAGUCAGAAGAGAUUCUGUUAGUUAAGAUCAUACCGCUGCUACAGGAUUGCCAUCCGCUCAUCUGGUGAUAGGCCAAGGAUAUGGCCUGAAUAUUUUUAUACAGCUACCUUUAUUGUAGUCUUAGACCAUUUUCCUUAAAGUCCACCUUGUAGGUCUUGCUGCUUUAUGUCAUUCAGAAGGUGACCCUCUUAAUGUUUUGAGCUAUUGCCACUCAAGCAAGAGAUCUUGGAGUCAUCCUGCUUAGUUCUCUGAAAACAUCUGCUCAGUGUAUAGUGGCAGCCAAAAAAGCGAAUAGAAUGUUAGGAACUGUUCGGAGAAGGACAGAUAAGACAGAAAAUAUCAUAUAAUGCCACUAUAUAAAUCCAUGGUACACUUGGAAUACUGCAUGCAGUUCUGGUCACUUGUAACAGCGUGCACUCAUCUCUUGUGAGCACCCCCUUGGCCAAGUGCACACACUUUGAUUAUCCCUCCUCUGGGAUAGAGCAGCACCCCAGGGCUCCCUCUCUGGAGACAAUGGCUUUGCCCUCUUGGGGCUUCCUGGCUACGGCUCUCCAUCUGGGUCACUAUAGUUCAGUCCCCCCUCUGGGGUGCCUCACUGUCCAGGCCACUUCACCCCAGUGGCUAAUGGGGGAUGAAGUAGGGGGGACCCAGGCCCACCCACUAUUCUGGGUCCCAGCCCAGGGACCCUGUAGAUUGCAGCCAUCUGCUGUAUUCCUUUAACUAUGUUGCACAGCUUCUCUAAUUCCCUGGGCCACUUCCCCACAGCCCUGCGCUGUCUUCACCCUUACCUCAGGACCUUGUCCUAACAAGAGUCCCAGCAACCAGCUCACGGGUCCUUCUUACUCUCCGCAGCUUCUGGCAGCACUGCCCUGUCUGGGGUUCUGUAACUCAGUCAGGCAACCACAUACCAUCCACACUCCUACAGCUCCAGCAAGGAACUUAUCUUCCUCUGGCCCUGCAGCUCUUAUACGAGGCUGCUGGGCCCUAGUUGGCUGUAUCCCACACAGCCACGCUAGGCACUUUGGAGGACUCGCUCCACUGCCCUUUUUGGGGGGCAGGGUGUGGCAGGGCCACGAGACCUUCAGCAGGGGACCUCAGAGGGUUUGGUAUACUCCGUCACAUCAUCCCAUCUCAAAAAAAUGCUAGAAUUGGAAAAAGUAGAGAGAAGGGCAACAAAAUGAUUAAGGGCAUGGAACAACUUCCAUAUAAGAAGAGACUAAAAAGACUGGGACUAUUCAUCUUAGAAAAGAUAUGACUAAGGGGGGCAUAAAGAAGUGUUAUUUACCCUUUCACAAACAAGAACCAGGAGUCUCCCAAUGAAAUUAAUAGACAGCAGAUUUAAAACAAACAUAAAGAAGUACUUCUUUCCACAGUGCACAGUCAACCUGUGGAUCUCGUUGCCAGGGGAUGUUGUGAAGGCCAGAAGUAUAACUGGGUUCAAAAAAGAAUUAGAUAAAUAAUGGAGGAUAGGCCCAUCAAUGGCUAUGAGCUAAGACGGUCAGGGAUACAACUCUGUGCCCUGGGUGCCCCUAAGCCUCUACCUGUCAGGAGCUGGGACUGGAUGACAGGGAUGGAUCACUUGAUAAUUGCCCUGUUCCGUUCAUGCCCUCUGAAGCCUCUGGUACUGGCCACUGUCAGGAGAAGGAUACUGGGCUAGAUGGGACUACAGGUCUGACCCUGUAUGGCCAUUCUUAUGUUCACUCUCUUGCGAUUGGGCCCUUUAUCUUGAAAGCUCCUGUUCAUUCUGAGCUCCUAGUGAUGGCAAUGGAGGUUGAAGUUACUGAAUAGCUUGCAGGGUUAGGCCCACAAUGGUUUAGAGAAAAGAUGCAUCUCUUCCCUUUUUUUCAGUAAAGAUAAGUUUGUUGUGAGAGAGUGGCCUGGUUUUGUCUACAUAAAAUCACACUGUUACAAGUGACAGUAAUUGGAUUCAAAUAACCCUUGAAAAUAUUUUCCCCUCAAAUGUUGGAAGCAAAAUUAAGCCCAGCAGAGUAAAGUUACCAUUUCCCAGGAGCAGGAAUGAGUUAAAGCCCAGCAAUUCCAAACUUCUCACUUCAAUCAGCUCCUCUUUCAUAGCUUUAAAAGAGGCUGUGACUGUCAUGCUGGUGAAAAGUGAACUGACAGCCCUAUUGAAUGAAGUUAUUUGUCUACACAUUCUGAGCAGUGAGAGUGGCAGCCUUCCCCUUUCAGCCCUCCUCCUCAGGUCUGUGGUAAUUCAGUAUUUCAGACCAUUCUUCCCUCUCAUUGCUGAGGCUGCCAUUUGUGGUGGUGGCUUUUGUGACAUGGACACCUGUCCCUGGGAACUGGAGUCUUUCUUUUUCAUAUCUUUCUUUAGUGUGAUUUCUCCUACCUGGUCAGCAGGAAGAGAUGAGAGUUGUCAGGAGCAAGGUAGCCCAAGAAUUAUGAUAAUUACACAUUUAUUUCAAUGUCUAGACCAAAGACACAGAAGUAACCAUUGCCCUAUACUUUUGAAGUUACUGUGUUUUGUGGCACUGCUUUCCCUAACUCUAAAGAAUUUCUUUGGCUAAAACAAACUGAUCAGUGGACAGAAAAGAUGGAGGGUUUGGUAUAGCAUUUUUCUAGUCGGUCUGGGACAGCUAUAGAUUGAUUUUAUGGUUACUCCUUCCUUGUCCAGAAUGUCCCACAUAAAAUGCCUAAGGAAACCUUCAGGCUCAUACAUAUGGCAUCUAUAAUGAUCUCUUAAGCCUUUUUUGUUGCCUGAAACCUUUCCCCCUCUCCCAAUAAUUUAUAUUCAAGGCCCUUUUUCCAGCCUACUCGGAACAUUUCUGAGGAACUUGACAACUGUCUUAUUGCUCUGUCGUGAUUUCCUCUCCCUCUUCCUCUCCAACAAACUUUCUAGAUGAAACUUCUGUACUUUCUGAUCAGUCCCACCUCUCCUAUGAGAUUUGAAGAAUAAGGGAAAAUGAUGGAUCCCAUUAGAUUGUGAUUUUCAAAUGUACUGAGCUCUGCAGCUCCCACUGAAAAUCAGGCCCCUGGGGAGAGGGUUUACAUGGUGUGUUCCACAUGCUUUCUGCUGAAGCACCAAUACAUUUUUAGUCUCUUUUCAGUCACUUAUAUACAUCUCCACCUACUGUCCAUAGCACUGUCCUGCUCUACUUCACCUUAUUUGGGUUCCAAUUUCAGGAAUGGGUGAAAUAACUCCAGAUAAUGAAAGCUGCUCUCAUGUGGCACAGAAAGUAACUCUAUAACCAGGACUGGGCACUGUUUCAGGACCAUGUUUGGGCUGAAGUGUUUGUUUUGGGAGGCUGGAAUUCUGUGGAAGACAGGAAAGUAGAGACAGUAGUGUAACAAUUACCAAAGAAUUGAAAGAUGAGAUCAUCAGCUGGUGUCAAUCCAAGCCAAUGGAAUG